UUGAAAAUUCGAUUUAAAAAUUCAAAAGUGAUGUAUUGAAUUUCCGAUUUCAAAACAAUGGGAGAAACGAUUAAUAUUUUACGAAGUACAUGAUUGAAUAUUGUAUUGUUCAAACCCGCAUUCUUUUGUAAUUUUCAUCAUGUAAAUUAUUGGGAUGAGCCUACACAUAUUGGAGAUCAAUAAUGUGACUUUGGAAGUUGACUUGUUCUAAAUAAAUUAGGAUGAGUACAAAAAGACAUCUUUUGACAAAGAUAAAACAAUAGGGUCCAUCUUUUCAUUUUUUGGAAGUAUUGAUAGAUAUUUGGACCCCAAAUCUAUUGGGAUCAAUGGGGGUGCGUCCCAUACACAUUGACACCUGCAAGACAAAAGAAAAUAAGUGUUAGGAGUAGGGAUGGACGGAUAAAAAUGAAGGGGAGCUGCACAAGACAUGAAGGACAUCCAAGAGGGGCCACCUAGUCCAUUUUCGCACAAAAAGAUGGUGCUGGUUGUCUCCCUCCAUGUGUGAUGUUAUACUUGACCAAAUAAGGUGAGUGAGGUGUCCUUGGAUAGCCUUUGAAGUCUAGUAUCUCAAUUGAGUGGCCUUUGUUCGAUUAGAGAGAGCAAUCAUCCAAAAAUCGAUCUGGAACGAGCAGUGGUCUGUGAACUCGAGCUGUGAGAGUGCUGAGACUGUUUGGUUGAUAUCUCGAGUUUUACCAAUCCAAUCAAGGCGUGUGAGAUACCAAAAGAAAGCUCUAAAGACGAGGAAUCCGUGAAGGUCUGGUUUGCAUCAAUCGGAGUAGAGGAAGGCUUCCAAAUCGUCCGAGCAGAACGCGACCUCGCAGGGACAGAUUUACUCUUCUAAGAAACGAGUUAGCCGGAAAACACCCAUUCUAGGGGCUGUUUUCGUACCAACGUUUAGGGGUUGAGCUAGCACCUUGAAGAGGCUGUUUAACACUCAUAUUUGAGCAAGGAAUCAGUUCCAAAUCCAUCUUGACCGAAGCUUUGACCAUUGAACCAAGAAGGGAAAGUUUAAAGCUCAAUUGAGGUUGAGGCUAGAGCUUGCUUCCUGUGCUCGUUGUUCGAGAGAUCAUAUAGGAGGGAAGACUUGAAAUGGACCGUGGUGGCAAGGUAACUAGGAGGAACCCUUUGGGCCGUGCACCCGAGGAGACUGGGCAAGGCAGUCGUAGGACCUCUAGGGCAUCUAGAGGUGCGGGCCGUGGAGGCCAAUCACGGACCGUGAGUGACGGUCAUGUGAGCACCGAAAGUGACAGCUACUGGUCCUAUGAGGACUCGACCUAUCGGCCGGAAACAGAGCCGGUUGAAACCCCUUAUGAAGGGGAUGAUGAUGAUGUAAGUGAUGAGGAGGACAACGGCUCCUUAGCGCGGAUUGAGGCACUACUCCAACAAUAUCACCGUGAGCGUGAAGAGAGGAGGGAACGCCGAAGGCGCCGGGCUGGGCAACCUUCGGGCAUGGCUUCACGAGGAGGAAGUCAUGGUGCAUCUAGAGUCCAUGUGGAACCACGUGGAGGCCAAAAUGAUGGAGGUCCAACCAUAAGGAUCUCCAAAUACCUCAAAGAAGCAAGAGAUUUGGGGUGCAAACCCUUUGAUGGAGCAGGGGACAUUUCAGUGGCAGCACAAUGGAUCAAGAGGCUAAAUGAAGCGGCCCUUGACAUGCAAAUCGCGCCGAAUCUCAAACUGAGAAUUGCGGUAAGAUUGCUCGAGGGGAUGGCAUCCAAGUGGUGGGAUGGAACAAAGAACAAGUACGGUGAGACCGUCGUUUGGGAGGACUUCCAACGGGAGUUCUUUGCCCAAUACUAUUCUGAUUUCGAGGUGAAUAAGAAGGUGAGGGAAUACACCCUCCUAACCCAAGGGGGUAACAUGUCAGUGAAGGAGCUUGAGUACAAGUUCCGGGAUCUCGCCGACUACAUACCGGAGUAUGCUUGUGACGAGAACCGCAUGGUGAACCACUUUUGGGACGCUCUUGACUUGGAGAUACGUGAUAGGGCAACGCAAUUGCCUAAUAUGACUUUCGCCCAAGUGGUUGAACAAGCAUUGAAAGGGGAGAAACAGUGGGAGGAACGGAAGAAGAGGGACGCCGAAGAGGCGAAAAAGAGAAAAUGGGAGAGUCAUGGCUCCCAAGGUUCCAACAAAAGGGGGAACCACGGAGGAGGAUCUUUCCGGGCACCACCGCCACCAUCAAGGGGGAACCAAGGCCCAAGUGGGCAAGGCUCGAGGUCACAGACCUCAGUGGUAACUCGUUGCAACAAUUGCAAGAGGAACCAUUCCGGUAAAUGUCGCGACCCCCCUAGAUGUUUCCAAUGUGGGGAUGCCGGGCAUUUGAAGGCACAUUGCCCACAACUGGGCGGGGCAAGGACAUCGGGACCAAGUAGUGGCCCGACGGGUACACGGAAUCAGACCGGGGCUUCUCAAGCAAGCAGGGGGCAAGGGGGAGCAAGUGCGAGCAACGCGCCAUCCGUGAACCAAGGGAGGACCCAGGCUAGGGUCUAUGCGAUGACGGAGGCGGAUGCUCAAGCUAACCCGGACUCCGUUGCAGGUAUUGCCUCUCAUAUACUAGUGUUUCAUCCUUAAUUAGUCCAUAAAUUGAGGAUACUAAUCGCUAGGAUCAUUGCACGAGGUUUUGGGGUCGAACCGGGGGAUUUCGGGCAACUUCAGGCGGCUGGGACCCAGGCACGAUCGUGCCUAAGGCAGACACGAUCGUGCCUCCAAGUCAGUAGCUGCCCAGGAAUAUUCCCAGCCCAGGCACGAUCGUGCCUAAGGCAGACACGAUCGUGCCUACAAGGCAGUAGCUGCCCAGGGUUUUUCUCCAAACCAGGCACGAUCGUGCCUAAGGCAGACACGAUCGUGCCUCCAAGUCAGUGGUUCCCAGGAUUUUUCCAACCCAGGCACGAUCGUGCCUAAGGCAGACACGAUCGUGCCUCCAAGGCAGUAGCCCCAGGGCGUUUUCCUGAGCCAGGCACGAUCGUGCCUACCCCGGGCACGCCGUGCCUGGCACCCAGAUUGCCGAAACCCGAUUUUUUCGCAUCGUUUUGCGACGUUAAGGCCUCUUCUUGAUCUCUAACGUGCGUGUGAACAUUGCAACCUUCUAUAAAUGAGUAGGGAGGAUAGGAAAGAUGUCUUACAUGGUUCAUGAAUGUAGGGACACUAAAGAUUAACGGGAAGGAUGCACGAAUCCUUAUCGAUACCGGAGCGCAACGUUCAUUCGUGAGUGAGGCGUUUGCCGAGAGCUUAGAGAUGCAAUCAAUACCAAUGACACAAACCUUAGUGGUAUCAACCCCACUAGGGGAAGACGUUGAAAGAAACAAUUACUAUCCAUCUUGUAUGGUGGAAAUCGGUGGCCAAACCUUGACGUGUGAUUUCGUACCGCUUAGUAUGAUGGAGUUCGAUGCAAUCCUAGGGAUGGAUUGGCUAGAAAAGCAUCAUGCUAGGGUAGAUUGCUACACAAAGGUGUUGGAACUCGAAGGCACACAUGGGGACACCCUACGCUUCGAGGGGGACCGCGGCAGAUCAAAUAGUUGUAUCAUAUCCGCCGUGAGAGCGAGAAAUAUGAUGAGGAAGGGAUGCCACGCAUAUCUAGCAUACGUGGUUGACAAAACCAAAGAGGGAACGAACAUCGAUGAUGUGAGGGUGGUUUGUAAGUAUCCGGAUGUCUUCCCUAAAGACCUACCGGGGCUUCCACCUGACAGAGAGAUUGAAUUUGUGAUCGAGGUCGAGCCUGGUACCAAACCAAUCUCCAUACCGCCAUACCGGAUGGCACCCGCUGAACUUAACGAGUUGAAAACCCAAUUGCAAGAGCUUUUGGAUAACGGUUUCAUUAGACCAAGCCACUCCCCGUGGGGAGCACCGGUUCUUUUUGUGAAAAAGAAAGAUGGGACACUUCGAAUGUGCAUUGACUAUCGUCAACUGAACAAGGUCACAAUCAAGAAUAGGUAUCCGUUGCCUAGGAUUGAUGACUUGUUUGAUCAACUACGAGGAGCAACCGUGUUUUCGAAGAUUGACUUAAGGUCGGGGUACCAUCAAUUGAAGAUUAAGGAAGAUGACAUACCAAAGAGUGCUUUCCGCACAAGGUAUGGGCAUUUUGAGUUCCUUGUUAUGUCGUUUGGGUUAACAAACGCCCCGGCGGCAUUCAUGGACUUGAUGAACCGAGUAUUUCAUAAAUACUUGGAUCGAUUCGUGAUUGUGUUCAUAGAUGACAUCUUGAUUUACUCAAAGAGUGAAGAAGAGCAUGAGGAGCACUUGAUACUUGUUCUUGAAACACUACGGGAGAAGCAACUCUAUGCCAAAUUUUCUAAAUGUGAAUUUUGGCUAAAGGAGAUUGGCUUCCUCGGGCACGUGGUUUCGGGAUCGGGGAUUGCUGUUGAUAACAAGAAGAUAGAAGCCAUUACUGAAUGGGAGAGGCCAAAGAACGUCAAGGAAAUUCGUAGUUUCCUUGGAUUGGCAGGCUACUAUAGAAAGUUCGUGGAAAAGUUCUCUGUUUUGGCAUCGCCAUUGACGAAGCUCACUCGUAAAGGAGCUAAGUUUGUAUGGGAUGACAAAUGUGAGAAAGGGUUCAUGGAAAUAAAGAAGAGAUUGACUGAGGCACCGGUACUUGCAUUACCCAAACAAGGUGUGGGGUACGAUGUCUAUAGCGAUGCGAGCAUCCAAGGGCUCGGAUGUGUACUGAUGCAGAAUGGGAGAGUAAUCGCCUAUGCUUCACGACAAUUGAAGAAGCAUGAGGUGAAUUAUCCUACUCAUGAUUUGGAGCUCGGGGCAGUGGUAUUUGCACUGAAGAUAUGGAGACAUUAUCUCUACGGGGAGACAUGUCACAUAUACACCGAUCACAAGAGCUUGAAGUACGUGUUUACUCAGAAAGAGCUAAACAUGAGACAGAGAAGGUGGAUGGAGCUGAUAAAAGACUACCAUCUAGUGAUAGAGUAUCACCCAGGCAAGGCAAACGUGGUGGCAGAUGCUUUGAGCCGGAAGAGCUCGUCUGGGGCAUUGAUAACUAAUUUGAGGGCAUUAAGAGCCCAACUGGAGGUAACCAGCGAUGGUGCCUUAUUGGCACGAUUUGAGGUGAGACCCACUUUACUUGAUGAGAUCAAGAAGGGUCAGGAAGCCGACGAAGAACUUAUGAAGGUCCGGGAACACAUGCAAGCGGGGCCGGUGGAGGAUUUCAGGGAAAGAGAUGAUGGUCUCUUGUUAUUUCGUGACCGAGUGUGUGUACCGUCAGAUGAUGAGCUCCGAAAGUCCAUCUUAGAGGAGGCUCAUUCAUCGGCUUAUGCCAUGCACCCGGGGGGCACGAAAAUGUACCGUGAUUUGAAGGAAAGUUAUUGGUGGUCUGGAAUGAAGAGGGAAAUAGCCGAGUACAUCAGUCGGUGCCUUACUUGUCAACAAGUUAAGGCAGAACAUCAGCACCCAGCAGGCUUAUUGCAACCACUCUCCAUCCCUGAAUGGAAGUGGGAGCACGUGACUAUGGAUUUCGUGGUAGGCUUACCACGGACUAUCAGGAACUAUGACGCGGUUUGGGUCGUUGUGGAUAGGCUCACAAAGAGUGCACACUUCUUGCCUAUCAACACUACCUACUCACUUGAGAGGUUAGCCAAAUUGUAUACGGAUGAGAUCGUGAGGCUGCAUGGGGUCCCGGUGACCAUUGUAUCUGAUAGAGACCCACGAUUCACAUCACGUUUUUGGCCGAAAUUCCAGGAGUCUAUGGGAACGAAGUUGAAGUUCAGCACUGCUUUCCAUCCACAGACGGAUGGGCAGUCUGAAAGGGUUAUACAGAUCCUAGAAGACAUGCUGAGGGCUUGUGCAUUGGAAUUCCAGGGGAGUUGGGACAACCACUUAGCACUUGUGGAGUUUGCCUAUAACAACAGUUAUCAGGCAAGCAUCGGCAUGCCUCCAUACGAGGCAUUGUAUGGGAGGAGGUGCCGUACACCGUUAUGCUGGGACGAGGUUGGCAUGGCCAAACUCGAGGGUACUGAGUUGGUGGAGGUCACCAAAUCAAAGGUGAAGUUGAUUCGAGAGAGACUCAAGGCGGCUCAGGAUAGACAAAAGAGUUAUGCAGAUAAGCGUCGAAGAACCUUAGAGUUUAAGGUUGAUGACGAGGUAUUCUUGAAAGUUUCUCCUUGGAAAGGGAUCAUUCGGUUCCAAACCCGAGGAAAACUUAACCCACGAUAUAUAGGUCCAUUCAGAAUUAUAGAGAGGAUUGGGGCCGUUGCAUAUCGUCUACAGUUGACUCCUGAGUUAGAGAAGAUACAUAAUGUGUUUCAUGUAUCCAUGCUUAAGAAGUAUGUGCAUGAUCCCUCUCACGUACUGGAGAAGCCACCUGUAGAGGUACGUGAGGAUUUGAACUACGCUGUUCAACCUAUCAAGGUCACCGAUAGAAAGGUGAAGAAGCUGAGGAGCAAAGAAGUCCCAAUGGUUAAAGUCCUGUGGAAGAGCGAUCGGGUCGAGGAAGAGACAUGGGAAAUAGAGGCUUUGAUGAGGAAGCAGUAUGCUUUCCUAUUCGAGUAGAGCUGUGAAUUUCGGGGACGAAAUUCCUGUUAAGGGGGGGUGAACUUGUGACACCGCACCCGAACGUCCUUGAAAAUUCGAUUUAAAAAUUCAAAAGUGAUGUAUUGAAUUUCCGAUUUCAAAACAAUGGGAGAAACGAUUAAUAUUUUACGAAGUACAUGAUUGAAUAUUGUAUUGUUCAAACCCGCAUUCUUUUGUAAUUUUCAUCAUGUAAAUUAUUGGGAUGAGCCUACACAUAUUGGAGAUCAAUAAUGUGACUUUGGAAGUUGACUUGUUCUAAAUAAAUUAGGAUGAGUACAAAAAGACAUCUUUUGACAAAGAUAAAACAAUAGGGUCCAUCUUUUCAUUUUUUGGAAGUAUUGAUAGAUAUUUGGACCCCAAAUCUAUUGGGAUCAAUGGGGGUGCGUCCCAUACACAUUGACACCUGCAAGACAAAAGAAAAUAAGUGUUAGGAGUAGGGAUGGACGGAUAAAAAUGAAGGGGAGCUGCACAAGACAUGAAGGACAUCCAAGAGGGGCCACCUAGUCCAUUUUCGCACAAAAAGAUGGUGCUGGUUGUCUCCCUCCAUGUGUGAUGUUAUACUUGACCAAAUAAGGUGAGUGAGGUGUCCUUGGAUAGCCUUUGAAGUCUAGUAUCUCAAUUGAGUGGCCUUUGUUCGAUUAGAGAGAGCAAUCAUCCAAAAAUCGAUCUGGAACGAGCAGUGGUCUGUGAACUCGAGCUGUGAGAGUGCUGAGACUGUUUGGUUGAUAUCUCGAGUUUUACCAAUCCAAUCAAGGCGUGUGAGAUACCAAAAGAAAGCUCUAAAGACGAGGAAUCCGUGAAGGUCUGGUUUGCAUCAAUCGGAGUAGAGGAAGGCUUCCAAAUCGUCCGAGCAGAACGCGACCUCGCAGGGACAGAUUUACUCUUCUAAGAAACGAGUUAGCCGGAAAACACCCAUUCUAGGGGCUGUUUUCGUACCAACGUUUAGGGGUUGAGCUAGCACCUUGAAGAGGCUGUUUAACACUCAUAUUUGAGCAAGGAAUCAGUUCCAAAUCCAUCUUGACCGAAGCUUUGACCAUUGAACCAAGAAGGGAAAGUUUAAAGCUCAAUUGAGGUUGAGGCUAGAGCUUGCUUCCUGUGCUCGUUGUUCGAGAGAUCAUAUAGGAGGGAAGACUUGGUUCGUGCUUCCUCCAUUCUGUUUUUAAACCUUCCUAAACGUGCUCAUGGAUAUUUUACUAUGGAGCCUGCGUGCUCAUGAAAUGCCUUGUGUGGCCUUUUGUUUUAAACAAUGUUUCCGCUGCGUUAUGAAUUACUUAUUAUGUUUGUUUAUGGAUGUAUAUGUGUGAAUGAUAUUCAAGACGCCUUGUAUAAUAUGAAUGUGUUGGACUGCGGUUGACUAUUCGUAUUGUACGGCGGGUUGUUGACGUGUCCGGAUAGGUCCGGGGCGUGACAUGGCGUCCAAUACAAAUGCUUCCUCUUCUCCAUUAGAAGUUUCCCAGCAGCUUUGUAUGCAUUUGCAUUAUCUAUCACAAUUUGCACAACCAGACUUUCUCCUAUUUCCU